AUGAGUCACAGCCGUGUGUCACUGAAGCGCAUUUCAAUUCCCUGCAUCACAGGAGGUGUGGAAGGCCGCCUCGGGGACCGGGCGCGGGAGGUGCGCCCAAGAAGGCCCCGGGCCGGCCUGCAGGGCGCGCCUCUCCGCCUGCGCCCUUUCCUCCCCCACCGCCCUCCCCGCCAUCUUCCCCUUUGGCUUCCUUCUCCCUCCGUGCAACAAGUUUUUGUUAAGCCGGCCGCCAGGCUGGCCAGGCGUUUAGGGGAUGGCCUGCGUGCUCUGCCCCUGCCCUCAAAGCGCUUCCAGGCGACCUCUGGUCCACCUUUUGUUUUUAUUUACAGUCCCAGUGGAAAGGCCCGGGUCCCCAACUCCCCUGAGCCGGUGCUGCGCUCCUCUAAUUGGGACUCCGAGCCGGGGCUAUUUCUGGCGCUGGCGCGGCUCCAAGAAGGCAUCCGCAUUUGCUACCAGCGGCGGCCGCGGCGGAGCCAGGCCGGUCCUCAGCGCCCAGCACUGCCGCUCCCGGCAACCCUGAGCGCGCACCGCAGGCCGGCGGCCGAGCUCGCGGUGAGUCGUCCCCGGGGCCCGCGGCGGCGGCGGCGAAGGGGGGCGCCGGCGCCCCCCCCUCACGCUGCCCCUCCUGCGAGCCGCCCGGGGCUGCAGCGCGCGCCGCCGGCUUUAUUCCCAGGCCGGGGCGGCGCGAGCCGGCGGCGGGGGAGGGCCGCGCGGCGCGGGGGCGGGCGGCGGGGCCCGGCUGCGCGGGGAGGACGCCCGCACCCCUUCCCCCGCGCCACGGGCGCCCUGCGGGGGGCGGGGACCCGGGAAAGGCGCGCGGUGGGGGAGGGGGCGCGCGGCUGCGGCGAGCGCGAGUUGUGCACCCAGCAGAGCCCGGCGCACCUCGCACGGCUGCCGCUCCCGCCGGAGCCCGAGCACGGGCCCGGGUUGAGGGGCGGGGAGAAACACGGACUGCAGCGCGGCGGGAGAGUGGGGGGUCGGGCACCCCCGCAGCCCGAGGAAGUUCUGGAAGUGAGGGAUAGGGGGAGGAACCCCGAAAUUGGGCCCUACACCUUCUCGGCCUUUCUCCCGGCGCCCCCUCGGCAGAUGAGGCCGGAGCGCGGGCCUGGGUUUGGGGCUUCACCCCGACCCCACCUCUGGCCUGGCCCGCGCGUUUUCAGCCCCAGGGGCCAGGCCUGCCCUCCGCCCCCACAAACUGGUUUCGCUGCUUUGCUGGGCUCUGUUGGAACUAGUCCCUUUGACUCCCCGUUUCUAUUUUAUUUUCUUCUGGGGCUUUAUUUUGCGGGGAAGGGACGGAGGGAGGGUCUUUUCUUCUUUUCCCCCUAGCCGGUGCGCGCCAGGUUUCCUGCCCCAAGGCGGGCUUGGGUGCCCCCUCUGGCAGGAAGUGGGGCCGGGUGCACCCGCGUGGCGUUGCAUGCGGUCGGGGUGCGCUGCUUUCCCGCGCCUGCAGGAGCGGCCUGCACCCUUCCCCCUCCCCGCGCACUCUGGUCCCGGGGCCCGACACUUGCAGAGUCACCCUUGGGCCGAGUAUGAAGCCUGAUGCCUCGGGGGCUUUAGCCGCUAGGCCGGUAGGCCCAGUGUCGGGUUGAAAGGGUCUCCGGGAACCUACUUUUUCCUCUUCGCCAACUUGCUGUGUGACCUUCGGCAACUCAUCAGGCUUCUCUGGGAUACCUUUUUACGGGGGACGGGGAAAAAUAUAAGGGAACACCCAACAUAAUUUUCUGGUGCCUUUGCUUGCAGAGCCCUUAAGUAUAUGAGGAGCAAACUUUGCGUGCACAGUGUAUGGAGGAGACAGGCUUGAGGCCCAAGCGGGCUUAUUACAAAGUGAGGGAUUGGGUUGGGCCCUAAAUGUAGUUCCUCCAGGACAGGCCUCUGAUGUUCAUGAACAGGUGGAAGAGACGAGCGUUUCUUGGCCAAACUGGAAAGGGCCUCCGGCCUUCAUUUAGUUCUCGGGGGGUUGGCUGAGGGGGAUUAAAGGGUCCUCCGCAGUAAGAGGUGGGAGGGGGCACCAGAUGGUAUGAGAGCUUCCAGGGAGACCCGCCAAGAUCCCCAGGCCGACCGGUCCCAGGCUCUCUGGGAUUCCGGACUGGCCUCGCCCAACUGGAACCCCCUCCAUGAGGGGGCCUCAGGCAGACCUUACAUGAGGUCAGUACUCGUUUAGUUGAUUAAUUUUGAUGUUAAGUUUGAAGGGGGACCUGUGGUGUAAUCUAAGAUUCUAAUCACUGCCUGUAAUUACAGAGAAGGCCAAGCCACUAAUGACGGAGCAGUAUAAGUCACCAACCACCUUGUUUAAAAGGGUCUCCCAAGUCUGAAACAUUAUAAGAUAGAAUAAUUACCAAAGUCCGGCUGUCUGGAGGGUCUCUUGAUGCUUGAGAAUGGAGAUCCUGGGCCCUCCAGAAAUCACAAGUUUGCAAACAUGUUUUUUCCUCUCAUUGGGGUAAAAACUUUUUCUUCCUUUUUUUUCUUAAAUUAGACAAGGGGGUCCCACCUAAUUGUCCAAGCUGGUCUUGAACUCCCGGCCUCGAGCAGUCCUCCUACCUUGGUCUCCCAAAGUGCUGGGAUUACAGUAGUGAGUCACCUCACCUGGGGUCUAGUUCUUGUUUUGGUUAAAGUGAAGAUUUCUUUCUAUUAUUUAAGUUUUUCUAAACUAUUACCUAGUUUGAUCUUGAAGCAGUUAGGAGGUAGUUGAGGCAGGUACCUUAUAAUUAUCUUGAUCUUACAGAUUGAGAAGAUUUCAGAAGUGGAGCCGCUUGGGCCCACCCCUUACCAUGGGCAGGCAGGAAUUGGUUACUGGAAAAAUGUGUAGCAUAGGCCUCCGGGGUCUUGUCCGUCUGUAGCCUGGGAUUGGAAGGACUAGGAUGGAGAUGUAAAGGACAGGCUUUCUAAGCCUGUAGUACAAGGAUCUUCCCAAAUACAGGGUGCAGGACCUCCUUCUAAUGGGAAGUUUUAGAAAAACUCAAAAUUAAUGGGGUUAAUUAAACCCCUUGGGAAGAAGGAAGAUGCUAGAAAACGACCAAGAAGCGUUUAGGAUGCGUCCUGCCAGGGGGCCAGCUAGGGUCUGUUAGAUGGGUGCAUUUCAGUUAGAGAAUUCCCUGCCCAUCUGAUGAAGUUGAGGAAGAGGGGAAAGAGGAAGAUGCUUGGCUUUGGGCUCCCUUUCCUUCCUCACCUCAUCCACUGCAGCUUCAACAUCUCCUUCUCCCUCCCUCAAUUAUACCAAUCUUUGAAUCCCGGGGAUUUACCCUGGGUGAGAAGAGAGCUAGUGGGUGGGCACCACCCCUGGUUAUGUGAUGGUGUUUUUUUGGUCCUGAGGCUUGGACCUUGCCAGAUAGGCAAUAUCAUCGGUGAGGUGGGCAGGGCAUCAAUGUCCAUAGCUGCCAAAUCUCAAGGUCUCAUUCUUUGCACUUUCUUCCUAGUCCCCACUAAGCUGCCCGGGUUGGGUUUUCUCUUAAAGAUAAAUAGCAGCGCUGGCUACAGAGGGAGGGGUUGCUGGCGAUACGUCAGACCCCACCUCCUCACACCUUUGCCCCAUGGUGGCCUCACCCAUGUAGCUAGAUCUGGGCUGGAUGUACCUCUUGAGUCCCUCCCCCCGCCCCCCACCCCCCACACACACACCCUGCUCUGUGGGGGCAGUGUUAAGGCAGGACAACAAAGAGCCCUUCUGAACAGUAGAUAGAUAAGAAGCUGAUUAGGGCCAACUGCCCUGCCCCACCCUUGGCAGCAUCUAGAGCUGGGCAGACCCCUUCAUCCUGGGCAGAGUAGGAGGCCUGGGAGCAUAAUUUUCAGCAGUGUGCCUUGAAGGUAUGGAUGAUGGGGGGUAGAAAGGGGCUGGAGUGAGAUAUUUGUCUAAAAGCACUUUUCCCUC